GUGCAGGUCAGCGUCGACACCAACAAAAGCUGGCCCAUUCCCUCCUUCGUAUAUAUCUCGUCCCGUCUCGUCUCGUCUCUUCCGCAGAAACCCUCCCCGCAGCAAAACUCCGCCUCGUCAUACGAAAAUCUCGCGUCGUUUGCAGAAAACAAGGAUCGAUUUGACUACCCAAAACGCAGAUAGAUAGAGAGAGAGAGAGAGAGAGAGGAUGAAGUUCUGCAAGAAAUACCAGGAGUACAUGCAAGGGCAAGAAGGGAAGAAGCUUCCCGGUCUUGGGUUCAAGAAGCUCAAGAAGAUCUUGAAGAGAUGCAGGCGAAGAGACUCGCUUCAUUCCCAGAAGGCCCUUCAAGCCGUCGACAAUCCCCGCACUUGCCCUGCUCACUGUUCGGUGUGUGACGGAAGUUUCUUCCCCUCUCUUCUCGAGGAGAUGUCUGCUGUUUUAGGCUGUUUUAACAAGCAGGCGCAGAAGUUGCUUGAGCUUCACCUGGCUUCGGGAUUUCAGAAGUAUUUGAUGUGGUUCAAAGGCAAGCUUCGAGGAAACCAUGUUGCUUUAAUUCAAGAAGGAAAAGAUCUGGUUACUUAUGCAUUGAUAAAUGCAAUAGCCAUUAGGAAGAUAUUGAAGAAGUAUGACAAGAUUCAUCUCUCUACUCAAGGACAAGCUUUCAAGUCACAAGUGCAAAGGAUGCACAUGGAGAUCCUCCAGUCUCCAUGGUUGUGCGAGCUUAUCGCCUUCCACAUUAAUGUACGGGAAACGAAGGCAAACUCUGGGAAGGGCCAUGCCCUUUUUGAGGGUUGCUCUCUAGUUGUCAAUGAUGGCAAACCAUCGCUCUCUUGUGAACUCUUCGACUCUAUCAAGCUAGAUAUCGACUUGACCUGCUCUAUAUGCUUGGACACAGUGUUUGAUCCAGUUUCUCUCGCUUGUGGCCACAUAUACUGCUAUAUGUGUGCUUGCUCAGCUGCAUCUGUGACAAUUGUUGAUGGACUAAAAGCAGCAGAACCCAAGGAAAAAUGUCCUUUAUGUCGAGAGGCCAGAGUAUUUGAAGGCGCCGUACAUCUGGAUGAACUCAAUAUAUUGCUCAGCAGAAGUUGUCCGGAGUAUUGGGCGGAGAGGCUUCAAACGGAGAGAGUUGAAAGGGUUCGGCAGGCUAAGGAGCACUGGGAAUCCCAGUGCCGAGCGUUCAUGGGCGUGGAAUAAGGCGUUUCCCCUUUUAACGAGAUUUGAUUUCUCUCUUGCGUCAGCUAUUAUGCUGUCCUGUUUAUAGUCAAAAGGAUCCGGCUGGCGAAGAAGCACUGGGAAUCCCAGUGCCGAGCGUUUAUGGGCGCGGAAUAAGGCGGUUUCCCCUUUAACGAGAUUGAUUUCUGUCUUGCAUGUCAGCUAUUAUACAGUCCUGUUUAUAGUCCUGUGAUGUAAUAAAAAGCUGCACUGCUGAAAACUUUGUCGCCUUGAACGCCCCUCAUUGUGAAGUCUUUGCGUUCUUGGGCUUGUUGCUCUAUUCCUUUUUGAACAUAUAAACAUGUACAUUUUCAAUCA